UCGCAUUGUCACGUUACUGUGCGCGAAGCAUUUUGUGUUUCACACAAUUUUGUUCAAUUCGACGAGAAAUAAAGUUUUUAAUUUUAAAGUGACUGAGUGAGUUCAGGACAAUAAAAAAUAUUUCUGAACAAAAGCCAAUAAUUCUUUUUCUGGCUAAGAAAAAAAAAUCAUAAAAAAAUCCAAUAUAUAUAUUUUUUAAAGACUCUGCGCGUGAUGGACAAAAUGAGUCAAAUGUUUUAUUUGAAGUGGUGACAAUAAUAUUUGAACUCAUUGGCAAGUAACCAUUUUUGGAGAGUUUAGUGAAUUUAGUUGUUGUUGUGGUUUUUGUUUGGUUUCAAGUGCGCAGGCGUCAAUUUUGGUCAAUGAAAAAGUCAUAAUUUAUGCGCGAAAAGAAAGAAGAUUAGCAGCGAAUCAACGACAACUAAAAAUUAAACAAAAAAAGAGCCAAAAUAAAUUGUUGCCGUCAUUAAAUUUUGUUCGCUUAUUUCCUAUUUUGGUGUUAUUGACAAAGAAAGAAAUAUCUCGAUAGAAUCGAGAAAAAAAAGCAACGAUUUUAAAAAUAACUCUCUAAAACACUUCAUGCCCAUCAUCAUCACCAUCAUCAAAAGAACACUGGCUUUUGCUUAAUGCAUUUAAAUGUGAUAAAUAGACAACAAGAUAAGGACAAGAACAACGUAGAAUAAACCAUUCGAUAUUUUCUACAUCGCAAAGACAAAAAAAAUAGUGACAGUUUAACUCAUCGUGUCAGCUGAGUAGGACAAAAAAUUACAUUAAAAUCGCAUUCAGUUUUCAUCAUUGAAUCAGAACGCACACAAAAAUAGACGAAGAACAAAAAAAAUCAACGACAACAAGAAGGAAAACAUUUAAAUAGAAGCGCAACAACUGUGUAUUCAGUUUUUGUUUUUUUCAACAUCAAAGUUGACUUGAUUUGAUCGUCCUUGCUUAAUCAAGCGAACCGGUUGCCAUAAUAAAUGAAAAGUGCAUGUUGUCGUUAUGACUACAUUUUUAAGCCCAUAAAAAAGCGGCAACAAGCAUUCAAGUGAAGCAACCGCAAAAUAAAUGAAGAAUUAGCCCAACAAAUCGAUCAAAGAUCCGUGAAUACCUUAAAGGUAUGGAAAGAAACUAUUCAACGCAUGUUUGAUGUGGACGAUUUUUUUCUUUUCAUUCGUGAUCGCAUUCAUUUCGUUAUCAUUUCUGCGAUUGCAUAUUUUUUUUGCAAGACAUAAACGGCGGCCGGAUAAAUGUGUGUACAGUGACUGUUUUGAAUUUGAAUUGCGAACAUUUUCCGAGAUAGUGAGGAAUAGACAAAAAAGAGACAAACAAGGAACGGUAGUUCAUAAACAUCUAAAAGGCAUGUACUAAAACAACGGUGGCAGUUGCAAUACUUGAAAUCGAGCAUCAGAGUGGAUGUGCUUGUGUGUGUGUUUUGUGUGUGCAAGCAACUCGACUCAAUUUCUCUAUCGUAUCGGGGAUUUCAAGUGUAACACAAGCACUAAGAAUUUUCGUUUCUUUUGAUGCUGCCUUGUCGCAUUCGAUGUCUAUUUAUUUUGUUUCUGUUCUUGUUUGUCGUUUGCAUGCGCAACGAUGCUAAAACGGACAAGUGAUAUAAAUAUGGUGAUCAUAAAUUAAAAACGACUUCUGGUAGACGAGUUCUUUGAAUCGAGUGUUGUGUAUGUGUUGCAGUACAUCGAUGUGCAAGUGGAUUCUUGUGAAAAAUUACCAACAAAUAGACACACUAUUUUUUUUUACAUACACAUUGCUCAUUCGUUUCGUGUGUUAUCUUUUCUAUUUAGUGGUGCAAAUUGAACAUGAUUUUUGCAAUUGCCAUCUCUAUUUCUGAACGUUUCAAUUUUUUUGUUCGUUUGUUGUCCAUGGACUCAAAUAAAAUGGUGAAAUCAAAGAAGGAAAUUUUAUGAAACUAUUUUGCACACAUACAAAAAAACAGACUAGACUAAAAAGAAAUCGAAAAACAAAAAAACAAUAUUUGAAACAACACAACGCGAAAAUUACGACAGUCACCAUAAAAAGUGCAACAAAAUACGUCGUUAAUUAAAAACGAACACUUGAAAGUUAAAGAAAAAAGACUAUAGACACUUCAACAGACGGUUGAUUUAGUAAAUCAAAAGGGGAAAAAACCAAUCUGAGAGUGAAUCUGUUAUCUUUUUGCUGCCGAAGAGAGAGAUUUCAUCAAGAGCCGAUUGGAGUCAGCGCGUGAAUCAGACAGCGACAAUAAACAACAUCAUUCAUUCUCUCCACUGAAAAUCAUUGUGCGCGUUUUUUUUGCGUGAUUGUUAAUCUAGAGGAAUUCCAACGAAAAGCUUAAGGUUUCGAGCGAUUGGCCAGUAAUUGAAUAAACAAAUGAUCAAUUCAUACAAAUACCAUCAAUACCAAUUCCACCAUCAUCCACACCAUUCGAUUGUGCAUCACACAAAAACGAAUACAAUGCCGAGCAAAAUGAAGCAAAACACGAUAAAAUCGCUUGCCGAAACGGACCAACCCAACGAAAAGUAUUCGUUGCGGCAACGACAAAAGCGUUCAACACGUAAUACAAACAAACAAAUCGAAAAUAGUACAAAAACUGAUCAAUCGGAUGCCUUAAGUGCGGUGAAUACAUCAAUCGAUUCAAGUACGCCGAACGCAGGAAUGACAAAACAAACAAAAACCAAUAAAAAAUCAAGCGAAAAAGCAAAAACAAAACAAAAAGCCGCACCAUUAAGUAAAUAUCGACGAAAAACGGCCAAUGCACGUGAACGAGUUCGAAUGCGUGAAAUAAAUAGUGCAUUUGAACAUCUUCGACAAUGUGUACCAGUUUCGUUUUGUGACAACAGUCCAACUAAUAGCAAUGAAAAAUUAACGAAAAUCACCACACUUCGCAUGGCAAUGAAAUACAUUAACACUCUUACCAACAUUCUUGGAUCAUCCGAUGCGGAAUGCGACACCGACUUAUUAAAUAAUAUUAUCAACAAAAGCUCAAUUGAAACACCAACGAGCAGUACAUUCAUGAAUAAUAACAACGAUACCAUGGCAAUAAAUAAUAAUAACACAACCGACGUGGAAACGAAACCAGCGACUAAAGGUAAACGAAAAUCAAAAAAAUCAACAACAACCACAGCCAAUAAAACGAUUAGCAAGCGAAAAACUACAAAAUCAAAAACCAACACAAAAGCAACCAAUAAAAUCAUUGAAAAUAGCACGACGAAGAAAACUCAAUUGUAUGAUGCGAUACCGAAUAAUAUCAGCACAUUGUGUCUAACACCGCCAUCAUCAUCAACAGAUAGCCCAGUUGAUUUGGGUUUAAUGCUUGAAUCGGAUGGUGAAUCACUACAUUUGUCUGAACCAUGUCUGAGUCCGCCGUUAUCUUCAACGCAAUCGACAAAACCAUUUAUUAGCACAAUGGUUUCGCCGCCAUCAUCAAUGACCAUGUCAAACGGUCUUGAUAUCGGACUAUUUCUCGAUUCCGACACCGAUUCAUUGCAUUUUCCUGAACCAUGUCUUAGCCCAUUGGACGGUGGAUUUGAUGCAUUCAGCCCAUUCGGUGAUCUUUUAAAUCCUGGCUUUCCCGAACAUUCAGCACUCGACAUUUAUUUAACAUAGAUUCAUAUGACGCGAUAUUUGCUUUAAGCUUUUACUUGUAAAUUAAACAACCAGACAUAUAUUUUAUUAUUUUUAUUAUAAUUUUUUUCUUCUUCUCUGUUUUGUUCGAUAAGUGUAAAUCAUUCCUGCGAAACCCAAUUUUUUCUCAAUGUGUCAUAUUAUAUUUUAAGGCGAGAGAGGUGCUAUUUUCCUAUAAUACUGUAAAGUUUGUUUUUAGCAUUAUUAUUCAUUUUCGUGUGUAAAUUAGACGUAUAAUAAACAGUAAAUAUUAUGUCAGUAGGUAAUGCUAAGUCUACUAUAGAAUUUAAGGGGGAUUUCCGGUGCAAAAAUAUUUGAGGAUUCGCAACAACAACAAAAAAAUCGAUGAGCAGCCGAUCAGCUGAAACUUUGUUCGAAAGUGAAAAACAUGUUUGAACAGGAAAUACUUUGAACAUAUGAUGACGAUAGAAACCAGCAGCGUAUGAUAUUGUAUAAUUUGUCGACUAAAAGACGCCAGUUUUCGAGAUUAAUUUAUUAAUAAAUUUAUGCGUUUAUUUUUCUUCUUUAAUUUUUAUUAUGCCAUAGGGACAUUCAAAAAUCACUUCAUUGAUCCGAAAGACAUUUAUUCGAGUGAAUAAAAAAAAAACGAAAAAAGAAAAACCAUUUAUACACUAUGAAAUAUAUUGCUCGUAUGACUCUUAUAUUGCGGCCAUAAAUUAAGUGUAAAAUAUUUUGUUUGCGUUUUAAUGUGCUUUUACAUUAGUCAGGCUAAAUUUAAAAUGUCUUCUGGAACAUUCAAUGUUGACUUUAAUUUCGUAUUUUGUUUCGAAAAAAGUACGUUGUUUUUUGGUAGCUUGAGAAUGCCACAUAAUUCGUCUUCUUUUUGUGCUUUUUGGGUAAAUGACCCAUUUUAAAAAUAAUCACACUUGUGAGCUUCACACUUGAGUAUCUUACACUACGUGCAAUGGAAUAAGUAAAAUUGUUGAUGGAAACGGUCUCGCAUAGACAGAGCUUGCCUUUGAAGAAGAAGAAGAAAAAACGGAGCCUCGAGUAUUAUACCGCUCAUAAAUUUCUAUCUCGUGUGUAUUUUCUUAGGAUAUAUAUCCUAUCGUAACAUAAAUUAUUGCACUUCACAAUGUAUACACGCGCGCGCACAGCGCACACACACUAUUUGCAAUAAUUUUUUAGUGGAUAUUAUUUACCAUAUUUUUGUGUCGAUUUAUGUGCUGAAACUUAAUUAAAUGCUCGGAUUUAUAAGGAACAGACAUCAAUGUAUAUCGUUCGUUGUUUGCAUAAUUUUAAGUGGGUAUAUGACGUGUACGAGAAAAACUGUGCUAAGAAUUAGGUCCCAUUUUGGAUAAAAUAGAGAUUGUUUUUUUAUUAUUCUUUCGCAUAUUUACGAAAUAAAUUUAAAAUGACUUUACAUGAA